CGGGGUCAAUCAGAUCACAGUGCUGUUUGUUGUUUGGGGAAGGAACCGGACAAAUUCCCCGUCGUCCCGUAGCAAAGCAACUCGGACGCAGACUGCGUCCACCGGGGAUCUUGAUGGAGAGCUGGGUCCGCGCGGUGGUGGAGGCCAUCCACUCCUCUCGCUCCCAGGCCGUCAUCUACCUCGCCGGCGGCGCAUCUCAGGCGCUCGGCUGGCUCCUGUCCGUGCCCGGCGCGUCGGGCACCGUCCUCGAGGUAGUCGUGCCCUACUCCAGGGCUUCCAUGGCGCAGCUCCUUGGCAAGAUGCCCCUGCAAUUCACGAGCAAGCAGGCUGCAGAGGACAUGGCGCUGGCUGCGUACAAUCGAGCACUCAAGCUUUCUGGACCAGGUCUGCAAGUUAUGGGUGUCGGAUUUACUGGGUCACUGGCAAGCUCACGUCCAAAACAUGGUGACCAUAGGUUUUAUGUGUCAACGUGGACACAUAAUUGCCUCAGGACAUCACAUGUUACCUUGUCAAAGGGUUUACGGAGCAGAGAGGAAGAAGACAAGGUUUCAAGCUACUUUUUGCUUAAGGCAAUAGCACAUACCUGCAGAGUUUCUGCAACCAUUCAGUCAGACAUUCAGGAACCUGAAAUUCCAGAAGAAAGCAUAGAGGAAUUUGAUGAAGAUCAAGAGCUCCAGCAAAUUAUUAAUGGGCAAGUUUGCAUGAAAGUCUAUAAUUUUGCUGCUCCGGUGGAAAAUAACUUCAGCAGAAAAAUAAUUCUACCUGGUUCAUUCAACCCCUUGCAUGAUGGUCACCUUAGAUUGUUGGAAGUUGCAUCAAGCAUGUGUGAUGAUGGGCUUCCAUUCUUUGAGAUAUCAGCAAUUAAUGCCGAUAAACCUCCACUAUCUAUUGCAGAAAUUAAGAGACGUGUUGAGCAAUUUAGAAAAGCAGGGAAGAAUGUGAUUAUAUCUAACCAGCCAUACUUCUAUAAGAAAGCGGAACUUUUCCCAGGAAGUGCUUUUAUAAUUGGUGCAGACACUGCAGCAAGGCUUGUUAACCCUAAGUAUUACGGAGGAGAUUACAACAGAAUGCUGGAGAUACUUCUCGAAUGUAAAAGCACAGGUACCACUUUUCUUGUUGGUGGCCGAAAGAUGGAAGGAGAUUUCAAGGUCCUUGAGGAUUUGGACAUUCCAGAAGAGCUGAGAGACAUGUUCAUCUCCAUUCCGGAGGAAAUGUUUCGCAUAGAUAUUUCAUCUACUGAAAUAAGAAAGAGCCAUGGGCUCUGAUGUAUCAAAUAUGGUCAUAUACUACAGCAGAUUUGGGAUGAUUCUCCACAACCAUAGAAGGGCCUCUUGGUAUUUUGUUCAGGAAAUUGGAAUCGAUCCUCUUGUAGAACCUCUUGAUGUCUUCACUACCCCUUGCGGCUAGGUGGUCAACCUCUAUCUCAUAUCUUUGGUACAAUGCUGGCAAAGUGUGGGCGCAGAGAAAUCCUGUGGAAGAAAUAUAAGACUUGUUAAAUGUAUAGUCACAACUGGUUUUGUAUGGUGUCUUGUAUGUUUAUCUUGCUAUAAAAAAACACUAUUUUCUGCGCUACUCACCAAGAUAUAGUAGACUUGUGAAGCUGUAAGAACUUCCUAUCUCGGACAAUAUUAGCAGUGACACGACCACCUUAGAAUUAGAAACAGAACAUUGUUAGUGCAAGACUACAGUGUUGUAAAUUUCCCAAAAUUCUAUUAGAUUGUCGAAUAGCAUUGGCAAAGUAAUGGCAUAGCUGUUCCAUGCUUUUCUAUGUGCAGGUUUAA